AUGUUCGCUCUCUUGACCGUUCUUGGAUUUAAAGGCUUUCAAAUGAAGAAGCCUCACUAUAGUAUGAAUGUAGAUGAUUGUUUCCCCAAGUGCCUUGUUAAACAUGGAAACUAUUCGCAGUGCAUGAAUAAAUGCGGCUCCAAUCCUUAUGGAUAUACUAAAUGCUGGAAGUCAGCUAUUGGUAUUAUUAAAUGCACUUUUUAUCCAAAAGCCCACCAACAGCCUGAAUCAAACUCUUUGCAAUCAGCCCAGGCUAGAUGCCCUGUUACAAUUGAGGAAAGAUGCACACCAAAGGAAUGGCCAAGUUAUAAUUGCAAAUAUCUUUGCAUGGGCCGUGAAUUGGAAUCCGAACAUUGUUUUAACUAUCCAAGUGGUCCAAAGCACUGCACCACAACUACAUGGAGAUAUUAA